ACUGUAAUGUGCUUCAUGGCACCGGCUCAGAAGCUUUUUCAGGCCCAGUAUUUAAACAAGGAAAUUGCUCAAAGUCAGGAAUUGUGUGACAAAUGUAACUUACAGCGCGGGUCUCAAAGGAUUACUGCUGAGAGCGCUGACUGUGCCGUCAAGGCAGCCAUCAUUAGAUGCAAUGAGAGGAUUAAGAGCACCUCUGAGAAGUAUGAAGAGACCACUGAGGAACUCGAUAAAAAGGCUCAGCAGUUGUCUGCGGUGAGGCUGCUGCGUGAGCUGAUGAAGAAGUGUCAAGACCAGAUGAUGAAGCAAAAUGAGGAGCUGCUCUGCCAGAACAACCACCUCAGGGAACGUCUAGCCAAGAUGAAGAGGGAGUCUAAAGAAGAGGAGAAAAACUUCCUUGAAGAGAUCUCAAGGUUCAACAGUGACUUCAGUCUUCAAGGGAACAGAGACAUACUGUUUGAGAGCCAAACACACACUGAGAUCCUGGAUCUGGAGAGGGAGGUGGAAGUAUUAUACAAAGAGAUGGAGCUGAUGAGCUGCAGGAACAUCCACAUGAGCUCCGUGCAGGAGGAGAAGAGAGCGCUCCAGCUCCAGCUCCAGGACCUGGAUAACAUCCAGAAAGACCUGGCUCGGCAGGUGAAUGAAGCUGAGGCGAUGACAGAAUCUCUGAGGGCAGAGAGCGUGUUUGUCAGUCAGAAACCUCUCACUGACAGCACCUGUCUUAGGCUGAGAAAGGAACUGGAGAUGCAUAAAGAAGGAAAGCUCGAACUUCUGAGAGAGGCGCUCAGCUCGGAAAUACAGUACCUCAAGUCAAAGCUGGACGGCAGCCAGGGGAGUGAGCAGCAUUAGAACCCACACUUUGGAACCUGGCAUUUCAAGACAAGUUCUUCCACACCAAACUCCUUAAUGGACCUGACACAGUCACUUUGAAACAAGAAGUGGUUUUCUCCAAACUGUGGCCACAAACCUGGAAGCAAACGAUUGUCAUAUAUUGUAAUUGUAUGUUUCUGUUUCCAGUGAACUGAGGAGUUCAAACGGCCCCAGACCGGAAGUUUGUUUACAGGGUGGUCAGGGCUGAUUCAGAUGCUGAGGAUUAAGUGGAUGUGACCUUUUCAACGGUACACGGUUCAACCAGACGCACCAUAGAAAAGGAGGUACACUUUGUCUGUUGCCAGCUAAUGAGCGACAUGUGACGUUACAGCUGACCACAGACAAUGCUGUAAUGGAUGAUUAAACAGUCUGUCGGCCUGCACCAGAGGGUCAUCCUGCAGGUCAUUUUCUCUCUGAUUAGAGUGGCUCCUAAUAGAAUGAUGUGGAAUGUCAAUGGCUACUUAAUGAGAUCCUGCAAUCUCAUUUUGACUUUUUAACCUUGACCUCUUCCAGCUACGUCUGGAUGUGUUAGUAAAACCUGAGAGCGGAC